AUGGUUCUGUCAAGUACUGAGGCGUUGAGAAUGGCGCGCGAUGCAGCGAAGCAAAGAGUGGAGGUGAAAACCGGAAUAAGGACAGGUGAAGAUGCAUGCUGGAAUUCAUUUCGAAGAUACCGACACGUUCACAAGUGUAUGGUUCCGACAGUUAUUGCAAGACAUGCCAUCUCUUCUCCUCGUCUAUCGGUUGUCUCAAAUGGCGUUAUCCUGAGUUGUACAGUACUCUGGAUUAGUAUGCUGGCACCAGCCGAGUUGGAAGAAAUGCACUACUGA